GUCAGGAAUGUCAGCACAUAUUGACUCCGGCAAGACCACGGUGUCAGAACGAAUUCUCUUCUACGGCGGGAGAAUAGACGCUAUUCACGAUGUCAAAGGUAAGGACGGUGUAGGAGCUAAGAUGGACAGUAUGGAACUGGAGAAGCAGCGAGGAAUCACCAUUAAAUCUGCUGCUACAUCUCUGCUGUGGAAAGGUAACCAGUUGAACCUGAUAGACACCCCCGGACACAUAGACUUCACAGUUGAAGUGGAGCGAGCUCUGAGGGUUUUGGAUGGUUCAAGUGCAAGUCUGAGAGCAGGAUGGCAGGGGUUAAGAAGUGGACUUAUCGGAGGGCUUACCAGCAUUCCCAGUUCUAUAGUGAGAGGGAUUAACCAAGACGGAGUGACGGGGGCAGUGACCGGACUAGCUAAAGGUCUCAUUGGAACUGUUGCUAAACCAGCUGCUGGUUUACUCGACUUUGCCUCAGGGACUACACUGGCCAUUACGCAGAGUACUCGAUCUAGUCACAGUAUCGGAGAGAUAAAAAGAAUACGGCUGCCUCGAUGUUGCAGUGGAGAGAUCCUGGCAAUCUUCUCCAUAGACACAGCACAAGGCAUGGCUACUCUGUGGAAACUGAACCGCAAGUCACGUGAGGAACAGUUCAUUUCCUGGUGUGUGGUGAACACCCGCCUCAAGAUCCUGGUGUCCAGUGAGCGGGUCAGACUUAUCGAGAGAGAAUCUGGUAACAAGGUUGUGAAGGAGAUCAUAUUAGACUCGAUAGGACAGUGUGUGUAUGCUCCCCGGAAUAACGGUGGAACUACAGAACAUAACCUAGCUAUACAGAUCUACGAUACUCUGCCUCCGCCAGGUGUUUUUAAUAUGGCUCCUGACUCUUGUCCCAAACUCAACUGUAACUCUCAGAAAACCAGCCUCAAGAUCAGCCAGGACAUUCAGUAUGCUAUUGAUCUGAAGAGAGAGGCUGCUUUUUUAGUUAGCGGUGGCAAAACUUUUAGUAAUAGUGGAAGGGACACAAGAUAG